AUAAUAAAAAUAAUUUUGAAAUAUUAAUUAAAAUUGGGCGGGCGCAUUCAAAAUAGCAGUCAGCCCAGUAAGGAGGCCGAAUAAGUGGGCCGUGGCGGCCCGUUUAAUAGCUAGCAUCGAGUGUUUCGUUUGAAUGAAGCGUUUCGUUUGGUUUUGUAUAUUUGGAAAUUUCCCGAGUUUCGCUCAUUGGGAUCGCGCUGAAUGGCAAUGGCCGUUCAAAAUUCCUACUUCCUCGCUUAUUCCGUUUCGUGCUAUUGCUAUUGCUUUCCACUCUCAAAGGCCUCUACUGCUCUCUCUCUCUCUCUCUCCACUGCAACAAUUUCUCCAGAUUGCCGUUUGUGUUCGUUUUCUCAUCACUCCAUCACAUCGUCAUAACCCGUUUUCAUGGUUCGGCAGGGGGCGUAGACUGUAGAGACAAGAAGCAAUGGCAUAUAAGGUGGAUCACGAGUACGAUUACCUCUUCAAGAUCGUCUUGAUCGGAGAUUCCGGCGUCGGAAAGUCCAACAUUCUCUCCAGGUUUACGCGCAACGAGUUCUGCUUGGAGUCUAAAUCCACCAUCGGCGUUGAAUUCGCCACCAGAACUCUUCAGGUAGAGGGAAAAACCGUGAAGGCUCAAAUAUGGGACACGGCGGGCCAGGAGCGGUACCGAGCCAUCACCAGCGCGUACUACCGGGGCGCAGUAGGCGCGCUUCUGGUCUACGACAUAACCAAGCGGCAGACCUUCGAAAACGUCCAGAGGUGGCUCCGUGAGCUCCGGGACCAUGCGGAUUCCAACAUCGUAAUCAUGCUGGCCGGCAACAAGUCCGAUCUGAACCAUCUCCGGGCAGUCUCCGAACAAGACGCCCAACUCCUGGCCGAGAAGGAAGGCCUUUCGUUCCUCGAGACCUCGGCCCUGGAAGCAUUCAACAUCGAGAAGGCCUUCCAGUCGAUUCUGCUCGAUAUCUACCAGAUCAUAAGCAGGAAGGCCUUGGCGGCGCAGGAAGCCGCCACGGGGCUUCCGGGCCAAGGAACAAGCAUCAACGUGGCCGACUAUUCGAGUAAUUUGAACAGAAGAACUUGUUGUUCUAACUAGAAGGGGAGAGCUAGCUAGCCUGGCGAGAUGGAGUAGAGUUCCCCGUACGUACGUAGAGGUCGUCUGGGAAGAAGACGUCUAAGUUUUGGAAGCCAUUACUGUGUCGGGCGAAGCUUUGUCUCUCUGAACGAAGAAGAAGAGGUGAGUGAAGAAGUGGGUCUCAUCACAGGCGGGGGAAAUCAUUCGAUGAUGAAAGGCUUUUCGUAACGAGGCGAUACACUAAUCUGUCAUUGGCAUUGUUCAUGUCGGAUUCUGAAUCUUAUCAUUCAACCAUUAAUUUUCGUUAUUAAUAUGUGAGGGUUUUUUUCACUAGUUAGGGACGUGCCUGCUGUAUGGCUUUAGCUGUCACAUUGCUUAACCAUCGAAGGUGCCUUCGAUGAAAAUUUUUUGGGUACAAUUUUCUCCCUUGUUGGUUUGGAUUCGAAAUACUUUGGUUCUUUGUUCUAAGUUUGUC